AUGGCACCCAGCGCCGUCACACCUCCGAACCAUAACGAGACGGUCACCGAUCUCACACAAGCCGGUAUUAAAUCUGCGCUCUUAAGAAACGCCCCAGAACAGAUCGACUCUGCAUCUCUCACAAAUUCAAUCACCGCCACACCACCAAACGAAUCAACAAGCAAAGCUCAAGAUGUUGUCGACGCGCCUCUCGCUGAACUCGAUGCCUCCAAGAUCAAUUGCACAUACACCAGCACCCCGCGCUCCGUUCCCGCUGUAGGCUCAGCAGAGAUGGCCAGCCAAAAGGUCUGCACCGACCAUAUGGUGCAAGCUCAAUGGAAUGUCGAGUCCGGCUGGGCAGCGCCUGAGCUGAAGCCCUACGGCCCAUUGUCUCUUGCACCCACAGCCUCAUGCCUCCACUACGCGACCGAAUGCUUUGAAGGCAUGAAGUUGUACCGGGGAUACGACGGCAAACUACGUCUUUUCCGCCCAGACCUAAACUGCCGCCGAAUGCUCAUGUCCACGAACCGUAUCGCACUUCCCGCAUUCGACCCAGAGGAACUCCUCAAGCUCAUCGUCAAGCUCUGUGCAACAGAUGGCGCCAAGUGGCUUCCAAAGGACCGCCCAGGACAGUUCCUCUACAUUCGUCCUACCAUGAUUGCUUCCGACCCCGCCCUUGGUGUUGAGCGACCGAAAGAAGCCCUUCUUUUCGUCAUUCUAUGUUGCUUCGCACCAAUGGGUGACAUGAGCGGUGGCAUCAAAUUGCUUGCAUCCCAGGAUGACAUGUGCCGUGCAUGGCCCGGAGGUUUCGGAUACGCCAAAGUUGGUGCCAACUACGGUCCUUCCCUGGUAGCCCAGGGUGAGGCGAGGAAGAGGGGAUACCAUCAGAUCCUCUGGCUGUUCGGCGAAGACUGCACCAUCACUGAGGCGGGAGCGAGCAACUUCUUUGUUGUAUGGAAAACCAAGGAGGGAAAGCUACAACUUAUCACUGCCGAUCUCAACGAACGCAUUGUCCUCGACGGUGUGACGAGGAGAUCUAUUCUCGAACUCGCCCGUUCAAGACUCACCUCUUCUUCUCCAUCAUCCGACCUUGAGACUCUGGAGGUUGUUGAGCGUAAGUUCAACGUCUUUGAGAUUGAAGAAGCGGCCAAGGAGGGACGCCUGGUUGAGGCUUUCGCGGCUGGUACUGCGUGGUUUGUCGCUCCUAUUAGUCAGAUUCACUUCCGUGGCAAGGACAUUGAGGUGCCCAUGGCCAAGGGCGAUUCUGGCGCGUACGCAAGCUUCUUCAAGAACUCUCUCAAGGGUAUCAUGUGGGGUAGUGACGGUAUGGAGGGACACGAGUGGGGUCGCGUUAUCAAUGAAGAGUAG